AUGAGCUUGGGCUUCUCGUUCAUACUAACUGGAGGUUUCCUUAGUAGCUGUAGAACGGCUUUUCCAUUUUUUAUAGAAGAUAAGACUUUAGGUAAAAUUUUCCCAUGGUAAAGGAGAAAUUUGUCCUUGAAGUUCCAAACUACUUUGAUUCGGAACCAAACCUGCAAUAUCUCUGAGGUAUGCCUGUAUACAGUUGGUGCUCUGGAGUACUUCGUCAUGAACAAUUUGCAUUUUGUGACGGACGGGGUGUGUGAUUGA